CUCUCUGUGAAGCAGGGCUGAGCUGUGCUAACACCAAAAUACUGCAGAAGACCAACAAGAGCACACUGGUGUAGCUCUCAGUGUACAGAAUCUGGACAGUGGAUACCUUCUCCUCCCUGAGCUGACGAAUAAGACUUCUUUCUCCUGGACGCUGGACAGUCGAUCUGAACUGAUCCUUAAUUCUACACUUCUCUAUUGGUUUAUUUGAUGUGAGCAGGAUGCUUAUCUCUGUUACUGUGCAACAGAUCAUUUCCACCCUGCUUGUGCUCAGCAGUGCGGCAGUAACGUCUGCAGAGAGUGAGUGUCCAGCUCAAUGCUCCUGUGUCUCCUCACCUCCGCUCUGCCAACUUGGCAUCAGCUUGGUGACAGACCACUGUGGCUGCUGUAAGGUUUGUGCUCGGCAGUUCAAUGAGGACUGCAAUGCCACCGAACCCUGUGAUCACAUCAAGGGGCUACGCUGCCAUCUUGGGGCUGGAGGGGACCCCAAGAGAGGACUGUGUCGAGCUGAGGCCCAGGGUUUGCCCUGCGAGUUCAGUGGGCGUUUGUACCAGCACGGUGAGGACUUUCAGCCCAAUUGUCAGCACCAGUGCACCUGUAUGGAUGGGGUGGUGGGCUGCAUGCCCCUCUGUCCUCAACAAGUGCCUCUACCCACCUGGCGCUGCCCAAGGCCCUGGCUGGUCAGGCUUGAGGGCCGGUGCUGCGAGGAAUGGGUGUGUGACGACCAAAACCACAUCAGUGAGGAGCCAGAAGAGUCGACACACACCUCCCGACGAGACAACCAGCACCUUCCCAACCACAUCAGUGCCUUGCUGCAGACCAGAGGGACCACAUUCAGAGAGAUGGUGUCCUUCCCCAUGUCUGAGGUAUUGAUCAAAUCCACCUGUUUCCCACAAACCACCACAUGGACUGAGUGUUCCACCACAUGUGGGAUGGGCGUUUCUAGCCGUGUGACCAAUGACAACCCAGACUGUCGGAUGCUCAGAGAAACCAGACUGUGUCAGGUCCGACAAUGUGAGCUGCAGCCUCCCGUAGCUAACAAGAAGGGGAAGAGGUGUCAGCGAACUGUGCGCCCGAAGGACCCAAUCAGAAUCACCUUUGCUGGAUGCUCAACAGCACAACAGUACCGCCCUCGCACCUGUGGGACUUGCAUCGAUGGCCGCUGCUGCAUGCCUGCCCUCUCCCGGACGGUGAGCCUUCAUUUCCACUGCCCCGAUGGAGAGGGCUUCUACAGGAACGUCAUGUGGAUACAGCGGUGCAGUUGCAGUACAAGCUGCCAUUCAAACAGCUGGCCCUCUAGCCCUUCAGUCAGUCUGUACAAUGACAUCCACACCUUCAGGCACUGAGGCUGACUCAUCAUGCCCGGCCCUGACCUGGCAAGCUGGAUGAACACUCUGCAUCUCCCUACACCCACUGUCCCCCCUUUAGACAGAGGGUUUACGUGUGUUGCCUCCAACCAGGUGACACACUUGCUUGCACUUUAAGCUUCCUGCCAUGAUGAGAGUUUGACCACACAAGAGUUGUGUUAGCGCUGAUACUGAAGCAACACUGAGGAAAACACACUGCAUUCCUCUGUUAGACUGCUGGCAGAGGGUUUUUAUUUUUUUUAUUUGUAACUUUGUGUAAUCUCCACAGACAACAGCGCAACCAUCUGUCAUAGAGUAAGAAGCUUGUUUAGAGACUGAGACAUAUGUUUUUUUUCCAAUGAGAAGAAGUAAAUGACAUGAGACAUAUUCAUUAGUGACUAUAGGGCUCAUUGUGUCCUGUCCUUUGUCUAACAGUGCUUUCUACACAUGUUGUUUCCCUGUGUGUGUGUGUGUGUGUGUGUUUGUGUGGGUGGGGGUGGGGGGGGGUUAAAGCGUUGUCCUAUUGGUGUGUUUUAAGAAUGAGAUACUUAUACUGCUCAUUAUGCUACACACAGUAUAUAGAUUAAGACAUUUGAUGUACAUAGACUUCACUCUUACUUGUGGAGUGGUAAAUUCUUGGAUCACCUCAUUUUUCGGGGUGUGAUUGUGCUGAUUUUUUGUGUAUUUGUGUGUGUUUGUUCGUGUGUGUCUGUACGUCUGUGUGUCCUUCAGAUUGUACAUGCAAUGCUUUAUUUGAAGAGAAUAUAAUAUGCUAUAUAUUUAGGUAUGCGGAUAUCCAUAAACUCCAGUGAAAACAUAUAAUAAAAACUUAUCAACCUGUUAUGUGUUAUCUUUUGGCUUAAAUGUAAUCUGAUACCCACGCCCAGGUAAAAUGCAUAAAUACAGUAUAUGAGCUUUCCUCACAACUCCUCUGACCUGGUAUGAAUAUUUUUAGAAUGCAAAAGCCAGCAAGGACCUAGAGGAGGAACCAUUGCAUGACGAGUCAUCCUUUUGAAUCCAAUUUGAUGAUUUUCCAUUCCUGUUGGGUUUCUGCUAUUGUGUGGAUUUUAUUAUUCAUUUUUCCUGUUAAAGCUGCUGGGGUCAGGAGGAAAGAAUUCACUGCCGUAGUGUUUCGUGUGAAACUGCACUUUGUGCUCUCAGCUGAACCAGUAUUCUAAUGGGCUCAAGAACACAGACAAAGAUGAGUUUCAGUCUUUCAUUCACAAUCUCUUUUUUGCCUAAGGGCUCCGUGCAUUGUCUUAGCUGUUCUGAGGACUGUGCUCUUAUGGACAGAGAUCUCAGAUGUGGCUCUACUGCAUUUACGUGCCGUUAAGGAAGUUGAAUAUACAUAAAUGUACACAUACGAUUUAAGGUGGGAGCAGCACAGGGGUGUGAUGGUUAGCACUGUUGCCAAGCAGGAAGGUUACAGGUUUAAAUGGUAAUUUGCCAGGGAUUUUUCUGUGUGGACUUUGUAUUUUCUAAAUGUGUCUGAGUGGGUUUUCUAAAUAAAAUAUGUAAAUUGA